GUUCUAUGCGGGAGGCUGUUGGAUUCAGUUGGCUACGACGGUGAGGAGAGCCUGGUUAGGGAUCGACUGUGGGCAACUGGACAAUCCACAGUCAGUUUUGCUUGUAAGGUUCCUUCCAGCAGCAUUACAAAAUGACUACUGAAGGAGAUAUUUGGAAAUUCCCAGAAGCUGCCUUGGAAUACAAAGCAAAGAUGGAAUACCAAGCUGGCUCUGGAACAGUUGGAGGCCUUGAGGGUGGAAGCACUGAGGAAUGCUGGGAAAAGACAGAGCAGAAGAGGCUGGGAGAGGACACCACCAGCUCAGAGGGACAGCGUUUCAGGCAGUUCUUCUGCCAGGAUGCCGAGGGACCCCGAGAGAUUUGCAGCCGACUCCACAUUCUUUGCCACCAGUGGCUGAAGCCAGAGAGACACACGAAAGCUCAGAUCCUGGACCUGGUGGUCCUGGAGCAGUUCCUGAGUGUCCUUCCCCCAGAGAUGGAGAGCUGGGUCAGAGAAUGUGGAGCAGAGACCACUUCUCAGGCAGUGGCGCUGGCAGAAGGUUUCCUCCUGAGCCAUGCAGUGGACACGAGGCAGGAAGAGCAGCAGGGUCAGAGGAGAUCAAGAGAGGACACAGAUUUCUCUGAGGCAGAGAAGGUUCCUUUGGACCCCAGACAGAACCUGCUCUUCAGGGGGAUGGUGGAAGAGGGUGAGAGAGGGGUCACCCUGCCAAGUAAGAAUGAAAGAGAUGGUGAAAUCACAAUGGCCCUUCCUUCCAGACCUUCUCUUUUGGUCAAAGUGGAAACAACAUCUGGGCAACUGAACCAGGGACCAGGGACCUUGGAAGAGGUGGCUGUGCAGUUCAUGAAGGAGGAGUGGGCUCUGCUGAAUCCAGACCAAAGGGCUCCACACAGAGAAGUCACGGAUGACAUCUGUGGGCAUCUGGCCUCUCUGGGUGAUGGAGGGGAGAGCGAGAGAAAGGGUGAGCAGCUGGGAAUGAAAACGGAAGCAAACAGAAGGAAUAAAAAUCCUCUAGUAACAAAUAAACUAACCAGGAAAUCAAACCUCAGUACAAAUCCAAUAAUUUGUGCAGAUGAGAAAAACCAUGAAUGUUCACAGUACGUCGAGAACUUCAACCACAAUUCUAGCGCUACUUGCCAUCAAAGAAACCACAAAGGAGAGAAACCAUAUCAGUGCUCAGAGUGUGGAAAGAGCUUCAGUUAUCGGUCAAACCUUACUUCCCAUCAAAGAAUACACAAAGGGGAGAAACCAUAUCAAUGCCCAGAGUGUGGAAAGAGCUUCACUCAUAGACCAGGCCUUAUUUACCAUCAAAGAAUACAUACAGGGGAGAAACCAUAUCAAUGCUCAGAAUGUGGAAAGAGCUUCAGUAAUAGCUCUCACCUUACUUCCCAUCAAAGAAUCCACACAGGGGAAAAACCAUAUCAGUGCUCAGAGUGUGGAAAUAACUUCAGCCGGCGCUCACACCUUACUUCCCAUCAAAGAAUCCACACAGGGGAGAAACCAUAUCAAUGCUCAGAAUGUGGAAGGAGCUUCAGUCAUAGACCAGGCCUUAUUUCCCAUCAAAGAAUCCACACAGGGGAGAAACCAUAUCAAUGCUUAGAAUGUGGAAAGGGGUUCACUGAUAGCUCUCACCUUACUUCCCAUGAAAGAAUCCACACAGGGGAGAAACCAUAUCAAUGCUCAGAGUGUGGAAAGAGUUUCAGCCGGCACGCAAACCUUACUUCCCAUCAAAGAGUCCACACAGGGGAGAAACCAUUUCAGUGCUCAGAGUGUGGAAAGAGCUUCAGUCAUCGCACACGCCUUAUUUCCCAUCAAAGAGUCCACACAGGGGAGAAACCAUAUCAAUGCCCAGAAUGUGGAAAGAGCUUCAGUGAUACCUCUCACCUUACUUCCCAUCUAAGAAUCCACACAGGGGAGAAACCAUAUCAAUGCUCAGAAUGUGGAAAGAGCUUCAGCCAGCGCUCACACCAUACUUCCCAUCAAAGAAUCCACACAGGGGAGAAACCAUAUCAGUGCUCAGAAUGUGGAAAGAGGUUCAGUCAUAGACCAGGCCUUAUUUACCAUCAAAGAACCCACACAGGGGAGAAACCAUAUCAAUGCUCAGAAUGUGGACAGAGCUUCACUCUCCAAGGUUUCAGGUACACACAUCCAAAAUUUCACACAGGUGUUAAAAAAUAUGAAUGUUCAGAGUGCGGAAAAAGCUUCAGCCAGAACUCACAUCUUACUUCCCAUAAAAGAAUCCACACUGGGGAGAAACCAUAUCAGUGCUCAGAGUGUGGAAAGAGCUUCAGCCACAGCUCAAGCCUUACGUGCCAUCGAAGAAUCCACACAGGGGAGAAGCCAUAUAAAUGCUCACAGUGUGGCAAAAGCUUCAACCAAAGCUCUAAUCUUACUUGCCACCAAAGGAUCCACACAGGGAAGAAACCAUAUAAUUGUACAGUGUGUGAAAAGAGCUUUAGCAACAGAUCAAGCUUCGCUUCCCAUCAAAUAAUUCACAGAGGGGAUAAACCAUACCUCUGCUCACAGUGUGGAAAGAGCUUUAGCCACAGCUGGAGCUUUACUUCCCAUCAAAGAAUCCACACAGGGGAGAAACCAUAUUGCUGCAGUGUGUGUGGAAAGGGCUUCAGGAGUAGCUCAACUCUUAAUUCCCAUCAAAGAAUCCACACAGGGGAGAAACCCUAUCAGUGUUCACAGUGUGGGAAGAGUUUCAGCCACAGUUCAACCCUUACUUCCCAUCAAAGAAUCCACACUGGGGAGAAACCAUACCAAUGUUCACAGUGUGGAAAGAGCUUCAGUGACAGCUCGACCCUUACUUCCCACCAAAGAAUCCACACUGGGGAGAAACCAUAUCAGUGUUCACAGUGUGGAAAGUGCUUCAGCCACAGCUCAACUCUUACUUCCCAUCAAAGAAUGCACAUGGGUGCAACCAUAUCAAUGUAGAGUAUAGAAAGAACUUCAUCCAGCUGUCAAGCCUGCUGGAGAAGAGGAUACCAUCCCCCCCAGGGUGUGAGACUGGGGUGCUUGCCUCUUCUCUUCUGCCCUCCCUGGUUGCCAUCUGCCUCCCCCCAGGACUGCUUGCGGAGAGGCUUUGCAGGACUGGGGCUGUAAGGGUGCCUGGGCAGUUUUUCCUGGUUGCACCUGCUGAGCUUAUUGCUCAGCCUAUAUAGGAAGACUGCCGGUGGUAACCUCCAGACUGAACUUCUGUAUUGCGCUCUACGUGGGGCUGCCUUUGUAUGCAGUCCGGAAACUUCAGCUGGUUCAGAAUGCGGCAGCCAGGUUGGUCUCUGGGUCAUCUCGGAGAGACCACAUUACUCCCUUGUUGAUGGAGUUACACUGGCUGCCAAUAGGUUUCCGGGCAAAAUACAAAGUGCUAGUCAUAACUUAUAAAGCCCUAAACGGCUUAGGCCCUGGGUAUUUAAGAGAGUGUCUUCUUCGCUAUGAGCCCCACCGGCCGCUGAGGUCACUUGAGGAGGUCCGUCUCCAGUUGCCACCAACCCGUUUGGUGGCUACACAGAGACGGGCCUUCUCGGCUGCUGCCCCGAGAUUGUGGAAUGCGCUCCCUGCUGAGAUACGAUCCUCCCCAUCUCUGGCAAUUUUCAGCAAACACCUGAAAACACAUCUCUUCAACCAGGCUUUCUCAGCUUUUUAAAAAUUGUUUUUAAAUUGUUCUGAUUAUUUAAUUGUUGUUUUAUGAUGUUUUUAAUUGUUAAUCAUUGUUUUAUGUUUUAUAAUUUUUGUUUAAUUAUCAAUUGAUUUUAAUGGUGUUUUAAUGUAAACCGCCCUGAGCCUUUUGGAAGGGCGGUAUAAAAGUUUUCAUCAUCAUCAUCAUCAUCAUCAUCAUCAUCAUCAUCACAGCCCUGCUGGAUCAGGCCAAGGCCCAUCUGGAACAGUUUUCUGUUUCGCACAGUGGCCCACCAGAUGCCGCUGGAAGCCACAGGCAGGAGUUAAUUAACAUCAAAGACAUGACUCAGGAGAGAGCUCAUUUGAAUGCUCAAGAGACUGUAAUCCAGUCAGGGCCCUUUCUGUCCUCUCACGGCUGUAAGCCACCUACAUCUAUUUUAAGGCUAGGAAAGACAUCAUCCUGAGAUACCAAUCCAGGAGCAGUGUGGGACUUGCACCCGCUCCUCAGCCGUGGCCAUAGAAAGAGGGCAGAGGAGGAACAGACUCCCUGUUCUCAUGAUAAGGGCGAGAGGGGUCCACACUCACAUGCGUAUCAUCCAAACCAGCCCGAUUCCUCUCCCUGCUUGGGUCCUGCCCAAGGCCCUCCCCUCCCCUCCAGGCUGCUCCGAGGCAGAGAGGAAGCGGAGCACUGAUGCCAUCUCUUCCUUUUUUCUGCAAUUCAGGGAUUGGCCCAGGCAACAGGUAUGUGCUGGGGAACACCGAAUGGUGGUAGUGGUGGUUAUUGUGUUCAAGAAAUACAAAGGAACUCUCUGAUCAAAUAAAUAUGGUUUGGUUUGCUGUA